AUGUGGCGGGAUAGAACGAACCUCUACAUCUCCUACCGGCAAUCCUUUGCGCACCACCCGUCCAAAAAACCACGGCACAUCGGAGGCGCCUGGAGUGACCAUGCAGACACUACGGGAAACUCAGAGGAACGCCGCGGACUCAUGUCCGGCAGCGGAUUUGAAGACGAUGGAGACGCUGUUAUAGAAAUGGAUUUGCUACCGCCUCGAUGGAUGGAUGUGCAGGAUGAAGUUACCGACUACCUGCGAGAUAUUGCCCAGAAGUCUGCAAAACUGGACAAACUGCAUCAGAAACAUGUCUUGCCCGGGUUCGGGGAUGAGGAUGUCCGGAGAGAAGAAGAGGACAUGAUUGAACGAUUGACUCAAGACAUCACGAGAGGGUUUCACGACUGCCAGAGAUCGAUACAGAGAAUUGAGAUAAUGGCUCGAGAGGCGCGAGAGCAGGGCUCUGUUAACAAGGGCGAGGAUACCAUGGCCAGGAAUCUGCAGAUUUCCCUUGCGGCAAGGGUUCAGGAAGCCAGUGCUGGGUUCAGAAAGAAGCAAAGCACCUAUUUAAAAAAGCUCCGAGGCAUAGAUGGAAUGGUCUCACCACUCGAACGAUCUAGCUCUCCCAUACAAAACCCAUACACAGACCCGUCCCUAAUAGAGUCCGACGCCGACAAGUCAUAUUCCCAAUCUACCCUCCUACAAACUGCACAGCAGCAGCAACAGCAACUUGGCAGUAAUGAUGCCGCAAUUGCACAGCGGGAACGAGAAAUCAAUGACAUUGCAAAAGGUAUCAUUGAGCUCUCUGAUAUUUUCCGUGAGUUGCAAACUAUGAUUAUCGAUCAAGGCACGAUGCUGGACCGCAUCGACUUCAACGUUGAACGAAUGGCCAUCGACGUUAAAGGUGCCGACAAGGAAUUGAAAGUUGCCACGAACUACCAAAGACGAACAACGAAACGAAAAAUAAUACUCCUUCUAGCCCUCCUGGUGGUAGCAAUGUUGAUUAUACUGCUAGUCAAACCGAAGAGACAUGCUGCUGAACCCGCGCCUCAAUCGCCGCCGCAGCCACCACCCCAAACACCGCAAAAUCCACCAUAUCAAAGGUCUCUCUUGCAUGAUGACACGCCAUACAAAAUAGGUCGGAGACGAAAUACCGCUCGCCAUAGACUACUGGUCGAUAUAUGGAAUGGACCAGAUAACUCAUUACCCUCGUAA